UUCGACCAGCCAUGCACUUCUGCUCUGCCACUGCAAACUGUCUGCCGUCUGCUUGGGGUAUGGGCGUCAGCUGCACCUUACGGGACCUCGCCAACCUGCGCCACCUGGGCCUAAACCCUGUCCCAUCACAAAAAAAUGAGAAGACAAAAUGAGCAGAGAAUGGACUUGGAGCCAGGUGCGCUACGCCAUUCUUAAAGCACUGUGCGCUCCCGGCAGUGCUUCACAUUUAGGACAUUUGCGCAAGGAUUUGGGCGCAGCGAAUGGAAAGACCGCAAAUGGCAUGAUUACGCUACUUUUUCCUAGCCGACCGCUGUUCUGCCUGCUGCGCUCAAUAUGACAACCAGUAUGCUCUCCCGUUCCAUGCAGUGCUCUGCUUCGGCGCCUUCCGGCGCCAUUCCCCGGCGAUCCAUCGCGCGUUCGCGGCCCGCGGCUCGCGUUGUGCGGACUAGCUCUGGUGCUGGAAACAGCGGCAUGCCUCCGCCCCGCGCUCGUGGCCACGGGGGCGCCGCCGACGAGGAGCCCGAGAACGAAGACCCCACGGUUAAGGCCGCCAAGAUUCAAGCGAAAGCAGCUCUGGUCCUGGGCGGCGCGAUGUUUGCUGGCUUCUUCGUGCUGGGCAGCGCGAUUUUUGCUGGCUCCUUCGUGCUUGCCGACGCCCUCCGCGGCGUCCCCGCUGGCUUUCGGUCAAGCUGAGCGGCCUACUCAAGAGCCUGCGCACGAGCCUACUCGAGAACGGUCCGAUGGUUGCUGCUGGCCUGUUCGCCCUGCUUGCCUUCCAAAAGGCCCCGCGCAGCUGGCGCCGUGAACCCUGGUGUGAGGGCUUCGGGUCCGCGGCAUCCAGCAAGGCGCUCCCAACCAGCGCAACCUGCUCCUGGCCCGGCAGCGGCGCCUCCGCCACGGCCAGCCGCCAAGCCACACGCUCGGCCACAACCGCUCCGGCCAGGCGUCGCCCGGGCCGCCCCCGCCCGUCAUGCGGGUGGUCCUCACGGAGACGGGCGACAUGCGCAGCGGGGCUUGACUGUACUGCGGCCGCGGUGGGCGGAGCAGCGACCCAUGAGUGCCGAUGACAUGGCGGCGUCGGGGAGCUUGAGGAGGAAGCGCAGGCGACGCGGGUGGCAAGCUAGGGGUGGGGUGUGUGGGGACUCGGGAGGCGGGCUAGGUAGGACGUAGGAUGCUGGCGGUGGGAGGUAGGCAAUAGGAGGUGUACGAUGUGUGCGGCCCAGUGUGGCAGGUGCGGCGUGUAUGUUACGUGUCGCGUCGUGUUGCCGUUGGUGAGCCGCUGGGCGCGUGUCGGGCGUGGGACAGGAGGACGGAAGACGGGGUGGAUGCUGCCGGGUGGCGAGGCAGAUCGAACGAGGGUGGAGGGGUGUUGCUGCGCUGGCUCAGAAGUGCAGUGUGCUUCGGGCAGGGAGCGGGCGGCCGAGAGCCUGCUUGGCGGCGUUGCUGUAGUACCUUGUUGGCGAGAUGCACCUUCUUGAUCUUGACCCGUCUCUUGGCCCGUCUCUUUGACUAAAUGACUUGACUAGCUGACUUGACUUGACCAGGGCCAAGAUUGGGAGGGCGCAGCGGGUGAAGUCGGCGUGAGCUGUGUGUGGGUUACCGCAUGCAUC